AUGCUCAGUCGUAUUUUUGAGUCAAGUAAUGUUCUUCAACAAUACAGGAAGCAUCUAUUUAUUGGCCCAAGAGAGCUUACACAGGUAAUGGUUCGGUCCACUGAAGAGGCUGACAAGCCAGCCAAGAGGGGCAAGAAGCCUGAAACACAGAAGGGAGAACUGGUCAUUAAGCAAACCAAGGGGCAAACCCUCAAGAAGCGAAAAUCUGAUAAAGAUGCCACUUCUCAGGCUCCACCGAAAAGGCAAAAGAAUCCCACUAGGAGACUUAUUCUGAAAUCUUCAAGCGAUUCAUAA